GUGAUUGAAUUCAAAAUUGGGAUGAUAAAUAUAGAUGCACAUUAAUAUCAUGCCAUUUUUCAUUCCUCCAUCCGUUUGCGCAUUAGGUUUCCUAAGCAUCGAUUGCGGUCUGGAAGGAGACGACAGCUACCCGGAUGACCAGACCGGCAUUACUUAUGUCCCUGAUGGUCCAUAUGUCGACUCUGGGGAGAACCACAGGGUAACCACCGUGUACAGGAACUACUGGGGCCAGGACUACCGUACUCUCAAGACGCUCAGGAGCUUCCCUUCCGCUUCUGGUAAGCGGAACUGCUACAGCCUCCCUACCAACGUCGGGGACAAGUACCUUGUCAGGCUGGAAUUCUUAUAUGGCAACUACGACAGCAUGGACAGCUCUUUGCUUAAAUUCAACUUAUCUCUUGGGGUGAACCACUGGAACACCGUGAAUUUGGACACCACCGACGACCAAGAUGGUUAUAACUUUUAUGAGGCGGUGUUCGUGGCAUGGGCGAGCUGGGCGCCGGUGUGCCUCAUCAACAUUGGCCAAGGCAUACCAUUUGUGUCCACAGUAGAGCUGAGGCUGCUCGGCACUUUGCCCUACCCGGCUAUCAUCGGCAAUCAGUCACUCUCCCUCUAUGUCAGAAGGAGCAUAGGAUCGAGCGCUGACGAUGAUAUGAGGUAUCCUGAUGAUCAGUAUGAUCGGUACUGGAUCAUGGGAGAAACAACAGGAGCUGCCGACAUGUCCAACAUUUCCACCCCGACGAUCAUCCCGCCGAGCGUCCCUUUUGCAGUGCCCUCGCCUAUACUCCAGAAGGCAGUUGUGCCAAAUAACAAGUCCCGGGAAUUCACUGUUUCAAUUGACAGUGGUGUACAGAGCGGCCCAUUCAGUCCACCAUACCUGAAAGUUUUGUCCAUCACCACAGAUUGGUCCAGCGAUACCGAAGGCAAGUAUAACUUCACACUCACGGCCACAUCAACGUCUUCCCUGCCCCCGAUCCUCAAUGCUUACGAGGUCUACGGUCGCAUCAUCCAUGACAAUCCAAUGACAUUCUCCCAAGAUUUUGAUGCGAUCAUGGCUAUUAAAUAUGAGUAUGGAAUAAGGAAGAACUGGAUGGGUGAUCCGUGUUUCCCACCUGAAUUUGCUUGGGAUGGUGUUGAAUGUAGCAGUGACGGAAAAACUAUGAGGAUAAUAUCUCUCGAUCUCUCCAACAGCGAACUGCACGGGUUAAUAUCCAAUAAUUUCACAUUGCUUACUGCCCUCAAGUAUUUAAACCUGUCAUGCAAUCAACUGAAUGGAGCAAUUCCAGACUCCCUCCGUAGAAAGAAUGGAUCAAUGGUUCUAAGUUAUGAGUCUGGUGGAGAUAUGUGCAAAAAACCAGUAAGUCCGUCGUCAAGAAACAGAGCAGCUGCCUUAGCUGUUUCAGUAGUGGUUCCAAUGCUGGCAGUGGCCAUACUUGGUCUGGCAUAUUUAUUCUGGAGAGCCAAAAGAAAGCCACCUGUUUCUACAGAUGAUCCUCCCACGGUACUAGAACUCACGGGUGCUCCAGGACAUAAGACAAAUCAUUGGGACCGUCUACAAAAACCUGAAAAUCGUCGAUUCACAUUUGAGGAGCUACAGAAGUUCACUGAUAACUUCAAACGUUUAAUUGGGCAUGGAGGCUUUGGGCAUGUGUAUUAUGGUUCUCUAGAAGACAGUACUGAGGUUGCAGUCAAGAUGCGAUCUGAAUCAUCAUUGCAUGGGCUUGAUGAGUUCUUAGCUGAGGUUCAGAGCUUGACCACGGUGCAUCAUAGAAAUCUUGUCUCUUUGUUUGGUUACUGCUGGGACGACGAUCACUUAGCGCUUGUCUAUGAGUACAUGUCUAGUGGCAAUCUUUGUGAUUAUCUGAGAGGUAAAACCAGUAUGACCGAAACGUUUAAUUGGGCAACACGUGUAAAAAUUGCGUUAGAAGCUGCACAAGGCCUGGAUUAUCUACACAAGGGUUGCAACUUGCCAAUAAUUCAUGGGGAUGUGAAGACAAAUAACAUUCUCUUGGGUCGAAAUCUAAAAGCCAAAAUAGCAGAUUUUGGGCUUUCUAAAACCUAUCAUAGCGACUCUCAAACUCACAUAUCAGCUAGUAUUGCAGCUGGAUCUAUGGGUUAUAUUGACCCUGAGUACUACACCACCGGCAGGCUCACUGAGAGCAGUGAUGUCUAUAGCUUCGGUGUUGUUUUACUGGAGGUAACUACCGGUGAACCUCCCAUAAUACCUGGAAAUGGACACGUUGUUCAGCGUGUGAAGCAGAAGAUUGUCACAGGUAACAUCAGCUCUAUUGUUGAUACACGUCUUGGAGGUUCCUAUAAUGUUAGCUCCAUGUGGAAGGUUCUAGAUGCUGCCAUGAUGUGCACAACAAAUAUUGCUGCUGAAAGGCCAACAAUGGCUACAGUGGUUAUGCAACUGAAGGAAAGUCUAGAAUUAGAGGAAGCUCAUGGUGAAAGGGGUGAUAUGGAAAACCAAGCAAGGGAUAACACAUAUUUGAUGUCCACAUUUGGUCCAUUGGCAAGAUAAACAAACUGUUCAUACCAAGCUUUGGGACAUAGCUGAUGGUUCUCUACUUAUAGUCUGUAACAACAAAACUAAAAUGCAUCGAUGAUUUUUUAAGACACAUUUUUUACAGUUUGUAUUAAGACACAUAACCAACAUGAUCGUUGUUUGCUGUGGGUAUUGCGACUCAAUAGUAUGCUUCAAUGUGCAACGGUGAGUUGUCUAUAAGAUUCCUGAUUCUUCUAGUAUUAUUACUCAAAUAUUAUGUACCAAAGAUAUCAAAAUGUUUAAGCAUGUCUUAAUCAUUUCAUUUUU